AUGGCGGGCGCGGGCGUCGGGGGCGCGCGGCGGGCCGGCGGGGACGCGGCCGCCCUCAGGAGCGUCGGGACGGAGCGAGGGAGGAGGGCGGAGGCGCCACGGCCGCCGCCGCGUGACCCCCGGGCCCUCCGCGCCCGGACCGGGCCCGGCCGUCAGGGUGUCGGUGCGGACGCGCCCGGUGGUCCUGGCGUCGGGGCGCCAGCGGCACCAGCACCCCCGCCAAGGCGCUUUUGGACCUUUAAUCCGUUCCCGUGCGGCGCGCAGAGGGGCCCGCGGUGUGAGGCCACGUCACGGCCUUCCUGGCGCUCGGACUCGGACGCCUCCUGCCGCCUCCCGACGCCGAGCGGGAGGGGGCAGGAGCGCGGCGCGGCACGGGCGGGCCGAGGCCUGGGGCUGCGCCGUACCGAAUGCGGCUCGCCGGGGCCGGUCUCGGGUGCGAGUGUGAGAAGCGCGCCCUGCGUCGGCUUGCUGGGAGUCUUGACCUGCCUGGGUGACCCCGUGACUCCGAUCCCGUGUGUCGCGUCGCGUCUGCGUUGCAUCGUGGUGGGCAGCCCUAACGCGCUGUGGAGCGGCUCGCCAGCCCUUGUGGAAACGGCCGACUCACCCUCAGUGCCUCUGGGGCCACUGGGGAGAGCCGCUCCUGCUCCUCCCCCUUCCCAUCGCAUGUUGUUAACUGCGGGGCAGAGGAGGUUGAGACACAAACUCCAGCACCCGCGUGGAGGGCCCACCCAGCAGGCCCGUACCUGCCCCUCCGGGCGUGCUCCUCCCCGGGAAUACUGUCCUUGGCGUCACCUCAUCGCCUCCGUGGUUGUAGGUAAGCAGAUGCGCAAAGCGGGGAGUGAAAGCGGUGACCUCCUCCACCUCAGCCUCCCAGGCAGGUGCCUGGCAAGCGUCAGGACUCGUCAAGACUGCUACGAGACCUCCAUGCCGCAGGCGCUCACGGGCCACCCUCCCAACAGGGCAGCUCCUAAGCUGCUCCUGAGGCCUGCUCGUCUUGCACAGCAGGGCCUGCCAUGGAGUCAGCUGAGGCAAGGGCUUCUCUUUGCCAUUAAAGGAAAAUCAGCCCUAACCUCUGCCCAGGUAUUUCAAGAAUGUAGCCUUCCCUCCAAAAAAUUUCAGGAGGAGGCAAAGUAGUAAAGCAGAAUAGUUUUAUUGAAAAAGAAAUCUAGUUAGAGGAAUGUGAGGGAAGAGAGAAGGAGAAACGUACUCAAGGGCAGGGCUUCUCCAGAGCCGAGAACGGCUAGGGAGAGGAGGUGACGUACAGUUUAUGUAAAUUGCCUUAGGUUCUUUGCAUAUAUAAAAAUUCAUUUGGGUGUUGUCCCAGGGAAAAGGCCUUGAGAAGUGUGUGUUUGAGUAGUUGACAAUUUAAAAACCUUUAAAUUAAUGAAGUAUUGGUCCAGCCAGCUUUUGACCGUUUUCUUAAAGUUCUUCCAGAUUCUUUUGUAUCUUGCUAUUUUUGCUCCAAAAUGUGUGUAAAAGAUUCUUUCUUGAUGCCUUUAGUUGUAGCUCACCUGUUUCACCGAUACUUAGAAUUUCAUCGUAAGACUCAGUUCCUGUAGAUGUUUUUAAUGAGCAUGCUCCUGUGCGGGUGCUGGUUCCUGCCUUCUAGAGAUUAUUGAUGC